CCCCACUGAUGCAUCCGCUGUACGUCAGGCCGGAAAUGCUGGGGAGGGCCUCCCCCCAGCACAGCUCCUGCAGCACCAGGACUUGCUCUAGCAGCACCCAGCAAUGGCUACAAUGCAGCGGUGCCCACGACCCCCCGGGCUGGUGCUGCUGGCGCUGCCAGGGCUGGUAGCUGCCUCAGAGCCAACAGCCAGCUACAGCGACCGGUCCGUGGGGACCCUGCUGUGCAUCCUGCUGUGCCUGGCUGUGGGGCUGGCCCUGGCCUGGCACCAUCUCUGCCGCCUCUCUGCUGGGCGCUACCACCCCCGGUCCCUGGGCCAACGGGCACUGGCGCUGCUGCAGGGCUGCUGGAGGUGCCUGCAGGGCUGUGGCCGACCCGGGGCACAGGGCCUGGAUAGAGCCAGGAAUGAGGCGGGGAUCCCCUGCAACGAGGAGGAGCUGAUGCCAUGGCCCCAGGACCAGCACCGGCAGAAUGAGGACAAUGAAGAGGAGGAGGAGGGGGAGGAGGAAGAGGUGGCCACAGCAGCCCUGGGCAUGGAGGCAGACCCAGGCCCGGAGCCCGCGGACCCAGAGGAGAGCCCCCCAUCCUUGGGGAAGCCAGCGGGGGGCAGUGCCGAGGCCCUGCUCAGCGACCUCCAUGCCUUCUCAGGGACAGCCGCCUGGGGGGACACACGGCCCCAUGUCACCGCCCUCUGAGGCCAAGCAGGGCAUGGCCAGGGGGACACCCUGCUUGCGGGGUCCUCCAGUCCCAGGGGAUGCCUUACCCCUGGGGAAACCCUGCCCAGGGUGAUGCCCUGCCCCAUCAUAUGCCGAACCCCAGACCCUGCUGUGCCCCCACCCUGGGCACCUGCCCCCUACCCCCAGCAGAGGCUCCUUGCUGGCUGCGCAGGUGCAGUGACCCGCCAAUAAAAGAGCAGAUCUGCCCUUC